UUUUAUUCUCCCUAAUAACUCCUACCCUCCAUACAUUCUCCUUAAUCUUUCAAGACCCACAAACAAGAUCAAAAGGUAAGAGCCCAUAAAUUAUAAUCCGAUUAAAAUGGAUCCUGGGUAGCUCAAGCUUGGCUCGUGAACAAAUUGGGCUUUAAUACGGUUGUCUUAUGCCAGCCCAAGUUUUUAAGCCCACAACUCUGGCCCAGGUAGUUCAGGCCAUGAAACUCGAAAUUACCCUACUCAUUAGUUUCCCCGCGUUUCUCGCCAGAAGUAACAGCAAACCCCAAAUCUCCCUAAAACCCUAGUCUGAGAACUAUCAUAUAUUUCCAAUUCAAUCUCCGUCAUUGUUCCAGUCUCAGGUAUGCUCUUCAAAUCUCCUUCAAUUAAUUCUCAGAUUUUCAUAAAUUGUAAGGUUAGGGUUUGGACCCAAUUUACGGCCUCCAUUUCUAGCCUGCAAGUAGUGUGGCGGAAAGAUCACAAACUAGACCAAGCCAUAGAGAAUGAUAAACAGUGGAGGCUCUGUGCCCGGGUCGUCAAAGAGGUCUUAAACGAACCGGGUCAAGUAAUACCACUUCGAUACCUAGAAAAACGACGCGAAAGGUUACGUCUUUCGAUCAAAAUAAAAACUUUUCUCAGUCAAAAUCCGGGUCUCUUCGACACUUAUCUUGAUCGAAUCAAACCCAAAUCCCAACCCGUCGAUUUUCUUCGUGCCAGCGAUGGGCUUAGAAGGUUUUUAGAAGAAGAAAAAAGGAUUAUUCAUGAAAAUGAGCCGUUGAUUGUUGCGAAAUUGUGUAAAUUGUUAAUGAUAUCAAAGGAUAAGGUUAUUAGUGCAGAUAAAUUGGUACAUGUGAAGAGGGAAUUUGGGUUUCCAAAUGAUUUUUUGGUGAAUUUAGUACCAAAAUUCCCAGAUUAUUUUAGGUUAUCUGGGAGCCCUGGAGAGGGUAAAUCCUUUUUGGAGUUAGUUUCAUGGAACCCUGAAUUUGCAAAAUCAGUUAUUGAGAGGAGGGCAGAGGAGGAGGAGAGGGCGACAGGGAUCAGGGUUAGGCCAUCCUUAAAUGUCAAAUUGCCGCACGGGUUUUUUCUUAGGAAGGAAAUGAGAGAGUGGAUUAGGGAUUGGAUGGAGCUUGACUAUAUAUCACCAUAUGCUGAUGUUUCACAUUUGGAUCAAGCAUCUCCUGAAAUGGAGAAGAGGACUGUUGGGGUUUUUCAUGAGUUACUUUCACUCUCCCUCUUUAAGAGGGUUCCGGUGCCUAUAUUGGGGAAGUUCAGAGAAGAGUAUAGGUUUUCCAAUGCAUUUUCAAGUGUUUUCACUAGGCAUUCUGGGAUAUUUUAUUUGUCUCUGAAAGGUGGGAUAGAAACAGCAAUGUUGAGGGAAGCAUACAAGGAUGAUGAAUUGAUUGAUCAGGAUCCGUUGGUUGAGAUAAAAGAUAGGUUUCUUGAGUUGUUGGCAGAGGGUCAUAGGGAGAGUGCAGAGCAAUCGAGGUUGCAGAAGGAAGCAGUUCAGAAGGACAUGGAAAUGAUGUCAAUGAGGAUCGGUGAAUCAGAUGGACAUGAAUUUGGUGAACAGCUCUAAUAUGGAAAAAUUGCAGAACUUUUGGAAAAGAAGCAUGGUGACGGAGUUAGUCCUGUCGGGGUGAGAUGAACUAAGUCAAGUGUUAGACACUAAUCAAAUGAUGCUUCAUAUACAGCGUUUUUAAAGUUGUGCAGUUGAGAGGUAAUGUGGAACACCAUUUGAGGAGGUAUUUCACAACACUAUUCGGUGGUGUAUUAGCUCAAGCAUUUGUUUGAGAUGUAUUCGAAGCAAUGAAACAAGUGAAUUUUGUGCAAUGAAGAGGUAGAACUGAGAAUGUUUUGUCCCAUGUAAAGAGCAUUUCACCUGGUAACUAAUAAAAGAAUAGAUUAAUUUUGCUGAA